AUGUCUACAACACAGGUAAAGACAAAGUCCAGUUCGGAGCAUGAACAACCAAGCACUAAACGUUCUAAACUUACGGCAACGCCGACCACCAAUCCUAUAAAUCCCGAUACACAAAUUUCUGAAUGCUUUAAAACCGUCACGACAAGAUUGUACUUAUCUCUUGCACCAUCAUUCGUCCAGACUCCCAUUCUGGGGAUCAAACAGCAACAUCUUGACCCUCUAAUAAUGACGUACUAUCCUGCAGUCCAAGGUGUUGUGUUAGCCUACACAAAUGUCAAAUUACAAACUCCCUAUGAUGCAGAUAGCAAUUCAUACCUCGCCAAAAUCGAAGGCUCUUCUCCAUUCACGUUUUUUUGGAUAAGUGUUGAUUUCUUAGUAUGGAGUCCCAAUGUUGGUGAUGUACUUGAAGGUGAUAUUUACAUGCAAACACCAUCACAUAUCGGUUUGCUCAUCCACGACGUGUUUAAUGCUAGUAUCAAGAAACACAAUAUUCCUCAUGAUUGGGAAUUCCAACACGCACAACAAGACGAAGUAGGUGAAGAAAAUGAAGGAGGAGCUGAUGAAGAGGGAGCGACUGCUGGAACAAAUGGGGGAAGAAAAUUUGGCCAUUGGGUUGAUGCCGAGGGUAAUAGUGUUGAUGAUGCCAAAUUGAAAUUCACAAUCAAGAGUUUGUAUACGACUGGUAGAGUUGUUCACAUUGACGGAACAUUGAUCAAGCCUGGUGAAGAAAGGAACUCACAACCAGUGUAUAGAGAAAAACUGAAUGGUAAGACACAGAUAAAGUCAAAAUCAUCCGCAGGCAAACAUAUGAAGUUUGCUGAUGAUGACGAUGACGAUGCUUACACAAGACAGACUGGAGAAGACGGUGAACCGGUUGUCGAGGUGAAAGAUGUGGAAGAGAUGCCUGCUUACCUCAGUGAGACUGUUGAAAGUGAAGAUAAUCAAGUAGUGAACAAGUCUGACUCAGACGAAGUUGAAUCAGAUUAA